AUGAGCAGCGGGCUCAACUUCACGAGCUUCUACGCCACCUGGUUCGACCACCUCCGCCACCUCAUCCACCAGCUCUCCUCCACCCCCACUGACCACCACCACCACCACCUCGUCCACACCAUCAUCUCCCACUACUCCGAGUACUUCCGCGUCAAGUCCCUCGCCGCCGAGAAAGACCCUCUCUCCGUCUUCUCCGCCCCCUGGGCUACCUCCUUUGAACGCUCCCUUCAUUGGGUAGCUGGUUGGCGUCCCACCACUACUUUUCACUUGAUUUACUCCCAGUCAACCAUUCUCUUUCAGUCCCAGAUUGCCGAUAUUCUUCACGCUCCCCGCACCGGCGACCUUGGCGACCUCUCCCCCUCCCAGUUCCGCCGUGUCAGCGAGAUCCAGUGCCAAACGGUGGAGGAGGAGAAUGCGAUAACGGAUGAGCUAUCGGGGUGGCAAGACGAGGAGAGCGAGCUGAUGCUGAGGAGGGUGGAGGCGUCGGGGAAGAGUGAAGGUCUGGUUAGCAUUAUAAAGAAAGCGGACGAUCUACGGCUGCGGACAGUGCAGAAGGUGGUGGAGCUUCUCACGCCGAAGCAGGCGGUGGAGUUCCUCAUCGCCGCCGCCGAGCUCCAGUUUGGUGUUCGGGGGUGGGGGAUGAAUGAAGACCGUCAACGUGGCAAUCAUCCAGACACCUAA